AAUUACCUAGUCCCCAGGCUUUUGCCUUUCUGCAAGAAAUAUCUGGCCUGGUUACACAGUUCAAAAUGGCGUCCUUCGUACCACGAACAGUCCAAAGAAAAAGUGUUGAAAAACCCUCGAAAAUUAGCCAUAAUGUGCAACAAAGAUUAACCAAAAGUAAUAGAAAAGGUAAAACUAUUUUAGUGGAUUUGAGAAAAACUCAGGACGUAUCGAAUUCGGCCGUAACUACAGAGAAMGCMAAUGAAAUUUUGGAAGACAAWCAACAAGAUGAAGAUAKUGAAGUUAUUUCCUUCAGUAAAAACCAACGCUGGCCUMAAGAGGAUGAGCCAGUGUGCGUUGUUUGUGGAAGAUACGGUGAAUAUAUUUGUAGUAAAACUGAUAAAGAUGUUUGCAGUCUUGAAUGUAAGGCAAGAAACUUAAAAAGUUGUGGGAUAAGYUUGGACGAUUCGACAAGCGCUACUUCGUCCGGUGCUGACUUUUCAGCUGACCAGCAAUUKACGGUAAAAAAAUGUAUAUAUACGGAGCAUCAUUCAAUUAAAUCUCUCACUGAACCUCAAGUYAUUGAACUUCGAAAUCGCUUAGAAAUUCAAGUCAAGGGUGAAAGCAUUGCUCGACCGAUUAUCGAAUUUGAGCAUUGUCAAUUUAGCGAAACUCUCAGUAAAAAUAUUCAUGCUAGUGGCUAUAUUUCUCCUACACCUAUACAAAUGCAACUAAUACCCGUUGCACUUUCUGGAAAAGACGUCGUUGCAUGUGCACAAACUGGGUCUGGAAAGACUGCAGCAUUUUUGCUGCCAUUGAUCUCUGGGAUACAUUACACCACAGGAACAUUGCCUGCCAAAAGCGAGUUUCUCAGGCAUCCAUUAGGAUUGAUAUUAGCGCCAACACGUGAGCUAUGCAUGCAAAUUGAAAAACAGGCUAAAGAACUAAUGCAGGGACUGACAAACAUGAGGACUGCCCUGGUUGUUGGUGGUCUGCCACUGCCUCCGCAAUUACACCGAUUGCAGAUGRGGGUUCAGAUCGUCAUAGCAACACCAGGAAGACUGCUUGAGAUACUUAAUUCUAAAGAUACAUUAGAUCUGUCUUACAUCAGGCAUUUUGUAAUUGAUGAGGUAGAUGGGAUGCUUCAGCUUGGCUUUGAACAACAGGUUCAAGAAAUCAUCGAGAAGUUAAGCAAUACUAGACAAACUAUCAUGGUGUCAGCUACUAUCCCCAGCGAUGUGGAAACUAUGGUCUUAAAACUGACCCAAAACCCAGUGUUUAUAUCAGUGGGCAACCCGAGCACCCCAACACAAGCUGUGAAACAGUUAGUGAUAUGGGUAGAGGAAAAAUCCAAGAAGAAACAUCUCUUUUCUAUUUUAAAUGAUAAAAGACAUUAUCAGCCACCAGUGGUUGUGUUUGUGGAUUCUAAAGUUGGAGCUGAUAUGCUGGCUGAAGCUAUACAUAAGGUUUGCGGUAUUCCUGCUGUAUCUAUGCACGGCGAUAAAGAACAAAAAGAACGCUUUGAAAUAUUACAGUCAUUCAUAGAGCGAAAGUAUCCAGUAAUUGUAUGCACUGGYGUCCUUGGCAGGGGUGUUGACUUAUUAAAUGUUAAGCAAGUCAUCAACUUUGACAUGCCAUCGACAAUAGAAGACUAUAUACAUCAAGUUGGCAGAGCAGGWAGAUUGGGAACAAGUGGUGUUGCUAUGACAUUCAUCAACAACAACAACAAGAGUUUGUUUUUGGACUUGGUAGAAACGCUAUCGCCAUUGGGCGUUUCUUUGCCCAGCGAGUUAACUAACUCUUCUUAUAUUAAGCAACUCAAGUAUCAAAGAAAGCAGGGGUUCAAGAGAAAAAGGGACGAAGUUGUUGAUCAAGGACCACCAGUCAUGACAGCUGGAUAA